CGUGGCUUUCCGUACCGGAACUACGUUUUCGGGCUACAUGGAGGUUUUGUGGUAAAAUUGUUCUGAACUAAGUUUCGUUGGCAGAAGCUGCAGAAGUGUGAUAAAGUAGAGUCCUCCUCGUGUUUAGAUCAACAAGUACUAGUUAACCUAGUGUGACUAGUCAGCGAGAGCUUUGUCUGUCGUACAGCUGUUAGCUUAGCCUGCCCAGGACCCCAUCCCACAUUCAGUAUGGAUCUGUUGAAGGAGCUUGUGAAGCAGAGACUUUCUGCGGCGGCUGAUGAGGUUUUUGAGCUGUUUUUAAAAUCCCUUGAGGAGUACGUGGAGCUGGUUAGGUCCCAGAACCAAAAUGUGCUGCAGAUGGCAGAUAUCCAACCAGAGUCAGGUGAAAGUCAGGAAUCCCAGGAGCAGCAGGGGUGUAAUCCCACUUUGGAGCUCGCGUUGUCGUUUCCCCUGCAGAUUAAACGGGAACCAGCAGAACCAAAGGAACCCUGGAGCCACCAGGAGGAGCAGCAGCUUCAGAAAGAGGCAUUCCCGUCCUCUACUGUCCAAAUGAACAACACCGUAAAAGAUAUCCAACCAGAGUCAGGUGAAAGUCAUGAAUCCCAGGAGCAGCAGGGGUGUAAUCCCACUUUGGAGCUCGCGUUGUCGUUUCCCCUGCAGAUUAAACGGGAACCAGCAGAACCAAAGGAACCCUGGAGCCACCAGGAGGAGCAGCAGCUUCAGAAAGAGGCAUUCCCAGCCUCUACUGUCCAAAUGAACAACACUGUAAAAGCUGGACCUGCAGCUGAUUCAGUCCUGCUGGAUGGACCCCAUGUGAAGCCCCCUGAGCAGCAGCAGUGGAGCUCCAGCAUGAAGCAGGAGCCUAAAGAAGCCGAGUCCACCAAGUCCCCGUUUCCUGAUGAUGAAGCAAAUUACUCUCUGCUUCCCAAAAUAGAAAGUGAUCAGCUCAGCUGUGAGGAGCCAAUGGAGAUGGAGAAUGACAAGGAUGAUGGUGGAGGUUCAGAAGCAGCUCAGCAGUCAGCCAGCGAGGAGACGGCAAACUCCUCUGAAACUGAAGACAGCGAAGAUGAGUGGAAGAAAACCAAGCAGACACACUCUAAGGUAGUGAAUGUUGUUGAACCCAAACCGGCCCGAGAAGACAGCAGUACGCGGGAAAAAACUAAUCCGACACACACUGAAAUAGAAAAAGAUGUUAGACCAGAACCAGCCUGCAACUCUGCUCUAACCCGUGAUCCAGUCAGUGAAGACCAGACCUCUGACUCGUCUGAUGCUGAGACCGAGGACAGCAACCGUCAUCAGAAGAAACGCUCAGCUGUGGAAACCAAACCGCUACCUGACGCAGCAGCUUCCUCCAAGUGGCACUCUGGGAAAAAACAUGGCCGAAAAUCCUCAGAAAGACGAUCAGCGAAGCAGAGUUUGCCGUGUCCUCAGUGUGGGAAAGAGUUCAUCUACAGAUCAAGCUUAUGCAAACACUUGAAAAAUCACUCUGUUCCAAAAACGAGCAAACACAAAGGCAAGACGAACAUAGUUUGUUCAGUUUCUGAUAAAACUUUCACAGAGCAAGUUCACCUGGAUCUACACACACGAACACACAAAGUUAAGACUGACAUCCACAUGGAAACUAGCGGUCAGGACAAAGUUGGAGGCUCAGGUGGAGAUGUUUGAUGCUUUAUGAACUGAUGAUUUAUUUGACAUAAACAAGCAGGGAAUUUUGAUUUCAGGUCAGAAGUCCCAACUCUUCUCAUAUCUGAAUGAUUCUUUCUUCUCUGGUCUCCAUCAGUCAGAACUUUUAUAAAAUUAGUAGGUUCAGAAAAGUUCUGUUUGUUUAGUUUCCCAAAAGUUCUCUCUGGAUUUAUGUAGGAAAGAAACAAUAUUUAACUUUUGACUGGUAGUUAAAACAAGUCUUAGUUUUCCAAUGCAAAACCGAAUACUGGACUUUCUGUGAAACACCUGGAAUGUGAAUGACUCAGAAUAACUGCUAACAAGUUACUUCUUUGUUUACUAUGAUAUUUGAAGUAAUGGUGUGUGUACUGGAUUCUGUCCUGUAAUAUGAUGAAAUGCCAGUUCUGGUGUUAAUGAACUGAUAUUAAUGCCAAACUUGUGAACAGAAUAAGUAAAUAAUUUCAUG